UUAUUUGGCAUAUGCCCCCCUCCCCCUUUCUUAGGUAACAGGAUGACCUCCUCCGCCUCCUCCUCCUCCUCGUAGAAAGUCAUGGGCGACGUCAGGCCGGUGGCUUCCCCGGUGCACAGGGACCCGUACGAGGUGCUGGGCGUCCCCCGCGAUGCAACGGCGCAGCAGAUCAAGAGUGCGUACCGGAAGCUGGCCCUCAGAUACCAUCCCGACAAGAAUGCCAACAAUCCCCAGGCACCCGAUUUGUUCAAGGAGGUUGCGUAUGCGUAUGGAAUUCUGGGCGAUCCCGAGAAGCGGAGGAGCUACGACAUCGGAGGGUUCCAGGCAGUUGAUCUCGAUGGCCUGGAUAUGGAGCUGGACCUCUCCAACCUGGGGACAGUCAACACCAUGUUCGUUGCAUUGUUCAGCAAGCUGGGCGUGCCGAUCAAGACUACCAUCUCCGCCCAAGUUUUAGAGGAUGCGUUGAAUGGGACCGUGACGAUCAGGCCUUUGCCUCUCGGCCGGCCUUUCAACGACAAGGUGGAGAAGCAAGGGGCGCAUUUCUACGGCGUAACAAUCUCGCCGGACCAAGCAGCCGCUGGGGUCGUGGUGCGGGCUACGUCUGUUGCCCAGAGCAAAUUCAAGCUACUCUACUUUGAGCAGGAGGAGAAUGGAGGCUUGGGUCUGGCAAUCCAGGAGGACAGCAUCAAAACUGGAAAGGUGACAUCCGCAGGGCUUUAUUUCCUCCACUUCCAAGUGUAUCGCCUUGAUCCGGCAGUCAACGCGCUAGCUAUGGCAAAAGAUCCGGAUGCUGCAUUCUUUAAAAAGCUCGAGGGACUCCAGCCUUGUGAGAUGUCGGAACUGAAACCUGGAACACACAUUUUUGCCGUCUAUGGUGACAAUUUUUUCAAGGCCGCGUCAUAUACCAUUGAGGCGUGCUGCGUGGACGCCUGCCAAAAGAGUGCCGAGAGGCUGAGAGACGUCGAGGGACAAAUACUAGCCAAGCGUGCGGAACUGAAGCAGUUUGAAACCGAGUACCGCGAGGUGCUUGCCCGUUUUGCUGCAGUGACGAAGAAGUAUUCCGAGGAGAAAGUGGCUGUUGACGAGCUAUUGAAGCUGAGGGAGUCGAUCCAAGAUUCUUUUGGCACAGCCAAGAAGGCAGAGGACGAGGAGCAAGCAGCGGCAGCGGCAGCGGCGGAGGAUGGGCACGACAAGUCGAGCAAGAAGAGAUGGUUCAACUUCCGAGCAGACACGCGCAUGUAAAGAUUCUAUUAUAACUCGCUCUAUAACACUUGAAGGGAAUAUUAAAACCGGUUCACGGUUAGUAGUUUGUGGCA